AUGACCUCUUUUCCUUCUGGUUAUGACCAAGACAAAUACUCCGACGUCAUCGAUGACGAAAACAACAACAACAGUGAGAACAGUAAAGCUGAAGCUAAAGGAAGGAGGAAACAUCUCGUUCCCUUUGAGGGGAUCAGAGGAGUCAGAUCCAGAGCUGCUCUCAAAGACGAAGAGCAACUCCACAAACAUGACAAAGACCUAAAAUCCACAGAACCUGAGGAGGAGAAAAAAGACAAGGGAGCCAAACUUGAAGAAACUAUAGACAAACUAAAAGACGAAAAGCCAAAGAAGGAGCUCAAACCUGAAACAAAAACAACUGAGACUAAACCAGAGAAGACUGAAGAAGAAGGGGUCGUAAAGGAGCUUCCCAAAGAAGAGAAGGAAGUAAAGAAACCACCUAAGGAAGAAAAGGAAGAAGAGAAAGAAGUCAAGAAACCAUCCAAAGAAGAGAAAGAGGUGAAGAAACCAUCUAAAGAAGAAAAAGAGGUGAAGACGCCUCCCAAAGAAGAGAAAGAAGUCAAGAAACCAUCCAAAGAAGAGAAAGAGGUGAAGAUGCCUCCCAAAGGAGAGAAAGAAGUCAAGAAACCAUCCAAAGAAGAGAUCGAGGUGAAGAUGCCUCCUAAAGAAGAGAAAGAGGUCAAGAAACCAUCUAAAGAAGAGAAAGAGGUGAAGAAGCCUCCCAAAGAAGAUAAAGAAGUCAAGAAACCAUCUAAAGAAGAGAAAGAGGUGAAGAAGCCUCCCAAAGAAGAGAAAGAAGUGAAGAUACCACCUAGAAAAGAGAAAGAAGUUGAGAAACCAUCUUUAAAAGAGAAAGAGGUGGGAAAACCUCCCAAAGAAAAAAAAGAGGGGGAGAAGGCUCCCAAAGAAGAGAAAGAAGUCAAGGAACUAUCUAAAGAAGAGAAAGCAGUGAAGAAGUUUCCCAAAGAAGAGAAAGAGGUUAAGUCUUCAAUGGAAAGGAAAGAAGUGAAGAAACCAUCUGAGGAGGCAAAGGAGAUCAAGAAACCUACAAAAGAGAAGAAAGAAGACAAAGAAGUUGUCAAGAAGAGAGACACAGAUACAGACGCCAGACGCAAAAAGGCUUCAAGUAGAAUCCAAGUAGUCAAGAAAGAAAUUGCAUCUGUCCUGAUGAAGGAACAUCUUAAUGUUACAAAAGCAGCUGCAGAACCCAAGAGGAUUAUAAAGGUGGUGAGAGCUGUUAAAAGACAAAUCGUUCCUAUCCUGAAGAAGGAACAUCUGAAUGUCACUCAGUCAGAGGUUCCAAAGGUGAAAGCCAAACCGGAAUCUGCAAAGAAAGUGGCAGCUCCCAAAGAGCCCAAGAAGGAAACAAAGCCAGAAAUCAAAACUAAACCUGUAAAACCAGAUAUCGAUGCAGUGAAGAAAAAAGAAAAAACAACUCCUGCAAAGAAAGUCACGUUUCAUUUAGACACUGAAAUCCCCAAAGAAAAGACCACACCUUCAAAGAAGGAAGUUCUAAAGGAAAAGGCCAAAGCAGCUCCUGUCAAAAAAGAUGUUGUUGCUUCAAAAGAAAAGGCCAAAUCAAUCAUUGUGAAAAAAGAACAAGAAGGUGCUUCCAGAAAUGCCUCCCUGGUAAGAGAGAGAGUCAAGAUAGUGCCUAUGAAGAAAGGGCUCAAGGAACCAAAAGAGAGGACAUUUGAUGUUUUCUUUGCAGCUGAGGUUUUAAAACAGAAGCCCAAACCAGUUGUAACUAAGAGAGAACCUGCUCCUCUCAAGACAAAAGCAGCCCCAGUGGUCAGAGAGGCAGAAGCACCACACAGAAAUGUGUCUCUUUCAAAGGAGAAGGUGAAGGUGGUGCCACUGAAGAGAGUGCCUGUAACUCCAAAAGAAAAAGUCAAACCAGCACCAACAAAAAAAGAACCUGAGGCCAAGCCAGUUCUUGCCAGAAAAGAAGCAGAAGUUGUAAAGGAGAAGCCUAAAGCAGUUCAUGAGAAAAAAGCUCCUAAAACUGAGGCUCAAGCACCAAAGGAAAAAGUCAAAUCCCUGGAGAAGAAGAAAGAGCCCAAAGCACCAGAGGAGAAAGUCAAACCAGCUGUUAAAAAAGGCUCAGCCGGGCUGAUGGACAAGGUCAAACCGGUCCAUGUGAAGAAAGAGCUCAAGGAACCAAAAGAGAGCAUCAGAGGAGUCUCUGCAAAGACAGCUGAGGUUUCAAAACAGAAGCCCAAACCAGUUGUAACUAAGAGAGAACCUGCUCCUCUCAAGACAAAAGCAGCCCCAGUGGUCAGAGAGGCAGAAGCACCACACAGAAAUGUGUCUCUUUCAAAGGAGAAGGUGAAGGUGGUGCCACUGAAGAGAGUGCCUGUAACUCCAAAAGAAAGAGUCAAACCAGCACCAACAAAAAAAGCUGAAGUUGUAAUGGAGAAGAAGGCCGAGCCAGUGAUUCCCAAAAAAGCACCAGUUACCAAGGCAGCAAAACCAACACCUGCUGAAAAGAAGAAAGAACCUGAGGCCAAGCCAGUUCUUGCCAGAAAAGGGCUCAAGGAACCAAAAGAGAGCAUCAGAGGAGUCUCUGCAAAGACAGCUGAGGUUUCAAAACAGAAGCCCAAACCAGUUGUAACUAAGAGAGAACCUGCUCCUCUCAAGACAAAAGCAGCCCCAGUGGUCAGAGAGGCAGAAGCACCACACAGAAAUGUGUCUCUUUCAAAGGAGAAGGUGAAGGUGGUGCCACUGAAGAGAGUGCCUGUAACUCCAAAAGAAAGAGUCAAACCAGCACCAACAAAAAAAGCUGAAGUUGUAAUGGAGAAGAAGGCCGAGCCAGUGAUUCCCAAAAAAGCACCAGUUACCAAGGCGGCAAAACCAACACCUGCUGAAAAGAAGAAAGAACCUGAGGCCAAGCCAGUUCUUGCCAGAAAAGAGCUCAAGGAACCAAAAGAGAGCAUCAGAGGAGUCUCUGCAAAGACAGCUGAGGUUUCAAAACAGAAGCCCAAACCAGUUGUAACUAAGAGAGAACCUGCUCCUCUCAAGACAAAAGCAGCCCCAGUGGUCAGAGAGGCAGAAGCACCACACAGAAAUGUGUCUCUUUCAAAGGAGAAGGUGAAGGUGGUGCCACUGAAGAGAGUGCCUGUAACUCCAAAAGAAAGAGUCAAACCAGCACCAACAAAAAAAGCUGAAGUUGUAAUGGAGAAGAAGGCCGAGCCAGUGAUUCCCAAAAAAGCACCAGUUACCAAGGCAGCAAAACCAACACCUGCUGAAAAGAAGAAAGACGCUGUUGUGAAAGAAAAAGCAAAAACCUCACAGAAAGAACCUGAGGCCAAGCCAGUUCUUGCCAGAAAAGAAGCAGAAGUUGUAAAGGAGAAGCCUAAAGCAGUUCAUGAGAAAAAAGCUCCUAAAACUGAGGCUCAAGCACCAAAGGAAAAAGUCAAAUCCCUGGAGAAGAAGAAAGAGCCCAAAGCACCAAAGGAGAAAGUCAAACCAGCUGUUAAAAAAGACGGCUCAGCCGGGCUGAAGGACAAGAUCAAACCGGUCCAUGUGAAGAAAGAACAAGAAAAGGAGAAACCUGCUGCUGUAAAGAAAGAAAAACCAGUAGAGAAGAAGGCCCCCAAAGAGGACCGAGUUCUGAAAGAGAUACAGACGCCUGCAAAGAAAGAGAAAUCUGUGGAGAAGAAGGCAGCCAAAGAAGAGGGCAUUAAAGCUGAGCCUGCAGUAUCAGACAGCUUUCUCAUGGAAGACGAGAUGCCGUACUUCCAGUGUUUCUUCGUGGACGAGGACGAGGCCCAGUUUCCGUUCUACGCCUUCUCGCCGAUGCAGAUCUGAGGCUUCAGUCUGACUCCAGUCUGAGGUUUACAGUGUUUUCUGAUAACGACAAGGUCACAUCACACCCUGCGCUGCCGAAGCCCGGCUGCCGUUCCAUGUUAGAGCUCCAGGAAAAGAGCCUGGGCAGCAGAGGAUGAUGGGUGAUGGACCGUUUAUUUAUUUCCAGAUUUGGUUGAGCUCUCGCACCAAAUACAUACAGCUAAUGUCAUUCCUCUCCAUUUACUUAUUUUUGUUAUUAAUAUUUUUGAGAGGUGGAAUCAAAUGAAUCUUCUACAUGGAACAACGUCAUGAAUCAACUUCUGUGGAUCGUUCGUUUAAAUCCUCAAAGCAACGUGUGCAAAUACUUUUAAUACAUUGACACUGAGUCAAGGUGCAUUUCUGAUGAGUAGUAACAUGGUGCUGAAUAUGUUUAAGUGUAAACAGGGUACAGACAUGUCCACAAUCACUGACCCAAGGCUGACAGGGCUUCAGUUCCGGUGUUUACUUGAAAGUGGUUUGUACAUUUAUUGUACAUUCAUUUUUAAGGUCAUACUUGGUUUUAGAUUUAGGUUUUUCUUUAUAUGUCAAACCUUUUCAUCCCCUGCUUUUUAAGCCCUUUCAUUAGCCAUUUAUAGGUUUUAUGCAUAAUUCCAUAAUCCUCGAUCAUAUUUCUUUCAUUUAAAGGAUUUUUCUUUCUCACACUUUUUUCCACUUUUCCUUCCCGUCUGGGCACAAAAUAGAAAUUGAAGAAUUGAUGAAAAAAGAUGAAUCUUCUUUGCAUUUUUAAAGAUUCAGCACCAAUGUGUUUUUGUUUGUUUGUACUUGUCAAAAGGAAUGACUAUGCACUGUAUAAGAGAGCUCCCAAUCUUACUGAAGAGACACUACCUGACAUAUGAAGUCUUAUUAAACUGUACCAUCGACACGUCGGCACCAGUCCCUCAUUUUGAAGCGUUGCAUCACCUGCACUCUCAGAAUGAGGCUUGUUUUGAUAUCAUCAAGUAUCAGAUUCACUCUGUUUUUACCUUGAUAGACCAAAAACCCAGUGGGACUGACUGUGGUCGGUGGUUGUUUGUCCGUGAAACUUGACAUGUUGUGGAAAACAUUGAAGAAAUGAGCAGAAAUGUCAAAUACAAUAUUUCCAGGCUCAAAGUUGUUGAAAGCAGCUAUUCCUGCUGCCGUACAUUAAACAAUAUGAAUACAUAUCUUAUUAUGAUAACUGUGCUAUAAUGCAGAAUAUAAACAGGAUUUAUAUCAUGUGGAAACCCUGUACAUGAGAUGUACAGGCAGGGCUACCAGUUGUCAGAUUGAGUUUGAAUCACUUAUUUGAAAUCUCUGACAAAUGAUGUUGGCAUUAACCUAGUUAUUGUGUUUACGUUGGGACACUGACCUCCUCGACGCGUCACACUUUCAGAUGAUCGCAGAUGUCGGCUGCUACAUUAACGCUCAGUCGGCUUGUGCCAGCUGUUGUUCACAUAUGGCUCUUUACAUUCAGCUCCAUAUGCUGCAUAGAAGACAGUUAGUAAAGCUUGUGAGUCCAAUUCUAAUCUGAGUCCACUCACAGGAACACAUAGAUGGAGCAUGUACACUGCAUCCCUCUGCAGCUGCACAGACAGUAACUGUCGUGUAACAGCUGGAGUUUUGUGGCGACGCCCAUCUGUUGGUGUUUUGUUCCUAAAAUGAACAACGUCUCGCCUCUGUUGGAUUUUAUUAAAAAGGACGUCAUUGUUAAUAUAAGAAGACAUUUUGAUUUACAGACUCAUAUUUGUUUCAACUGAAUUUUAUUAAAAGUCUCACUUUUACCAAGUGAACAUGUGCAAUACAUGAAUAUCUGAUCAUUUCAGUGAUGAUAGAACUGUUUGUCUGUGUGAUGGUCCUUGAAUGAAAUGUGCAUGAUGUGUGUGUGUGUUUAUUUUAUGCCCUCAAAUGUUUGUGUGACGUUUCUCCCCAACCAGAACCCUGAGAAUGGCAACUUGAAAUACUUGAACUUUUGAAUCAGGGUAUCUGAUGCCAAUAACCUGCAUGUGUCUUUCUAUGAUGUUGCUAACGUCAUAAAUUCACAGCUCAGUAACUGUAAUUAGUCAUUAAUCAUUGUAAAUAGCUAAUUAAAUAUAAAAAAUAGACUAUAUUGUGUUUUAUCCCUGAACUAUUGUGACUUUACCUGCACAAUAAAUUCACAAUUCAUGUGUCGUUUUUCAGUUACACCCUCAUUGUGCCUGUGAAUACAAGCGAUUUGACAUUAAAACAUAGCAAUGCAAGUGUG